CUAAUCCUAUUUGAUGAGUUUCUCAUACUCUUUCCAAAACAGAAAUCUUUGCCUUAAAGAGUAGAAACCACCAAGGGUUUUAAGCUGCAAAGCCAUUGUCAUACAAAGACAUUUUCUACUUAAUUGAUGUUAAUAUUAAUUUCAUCAAACGUUUCUUGAUCUUUUACCAUUAUAUAAAUGAGCUAAUAUUUAUGCCCACAUGAAUGACUCCGUCUCUCUUUCUCUGGAUUCUGGCCUGCAGCAGCAUGAGUUUCUUUGCACAUGCAGAAGAAGAAACUAAACAUCCUGGGAAACCACUCCAUCUUUUCCGUGAAGCCCUGAAACAAGCCUUUUGCCAGUGCUGCACAUUCGGUUCAAAUUCUCCCACCUUAUUCAACAUCGAAGAGGAGUAUGAAAUUACUGACGAUGACGACGAUGGUGUUGAUGAUGAACAAGAAGUGGUUAUUCGUGCAAUUCGAGCUCGAGCUAUGGAAGCAAGGUUGAGGCGUAAAAAUGGAUACACAACAACACAGAACCUUCUUCAGGUCUUAAAUUCCAUGAAUACCGAGUUCAUCAAUAACCCAAAUUUGCCACAAACAGAAGAAAAAGAUGACGAGGAGAAAGAAACCUACUUUUCUGCUGGUAGUUGUUUCUCUCGGUGUUCGAGCGCAAGUGGGGAGGUCUUCUCUCAGUGCUUGUUUUUCAUAACUACGUUCAUAUAUUUUCUUCAGGUGGUUAUUCGUGCAAUUCGAGCUCGAGCUAUGGAAGCAAGGUUGAGGCGUAAAAAUGGAUACACAACAACACAGAACCUUCUUCAGGUCUUAAAUUCCAUGAAUACCGAGUUCAUCAAUAACCCAAAUUUGCCACAAACAGAAGAAGAAGAUGACGAGGAGAAAGAAACCUACUUUUCUGCUGGUAGUUGUUUCUCUCGGUGUUCGAGCGCAAGUGGGGAGGUCUUCUCUCAGUGCUCACAUGGAAGUAGGGAGGUUUUCUUCUCGCCUAGGAGUUGUUUAUCUCGCUGUUCUAGUAAAAAGGUUACAAAGUUCUUUGAUGCUAAUGAAAGGUGUUCAAAAACAAAAGAGCCUUGUCACUGUGAAGGAUGGCCUUUUGGGUUGUGCAAGAACGCCAUGUUGCUUCCACCACUGCCAAAUUCUCCUUCAGAAUCAUGGUCAUGGAGCAAAGGACCACCCCACUUGGUUAAACGUUGAAACAAAAUCAGCAAUUCCUCCAACUGGAAUAAUGAAUCUAAGGGUUGUUGAAUUAGGUUGUAUUUAUGGUACUAGUACUACUAGUAACACUUUCAUCUCAUCUUUCUUCUAAUCUUUUCAAAUAAACAAGCUAGUAUUUUCGAGAUGAGAGCAAUUCUAAUGAUGCGUAUAUUGUAUAGCUGUAAAGUUUGUAAGAAAAAUUGUAAGAAUAAAGUACAAAUGUAGCUAUUGAAACAUUGGAAGAAUCUGCAAUCAGUAAGGCAAACCCUUGGAUAUCUAUAGAAGUUGAGACUUUUAUGUAUUGACCA